AUGAACAAUUGGCCGCAUCAGCAAGGUCGUCGAUCCGGGGAACAGGAUGAAAGGUCGCAGAGACCUAUGCCAUUGAAUCUUCCACCACGAUACUCAUACACUCAAUACCCACAUGCUUUCCCCGUAGUGAAUGCUACGGUGCCGCAGCAGUACCUUUACGUUCCAGGUUCUGUGCCGCCUCCACCACAGGCGCAAUUGCAAUUCCCAAUUUAUCCGUAUUAUCCCCAACCGGCCGCUGGCGGUGGCGCGGCAGCGCCACCGCCGCGUAUGAGGUUGAAAUUGGAACAGCCGCCGAUGCCGAUGCCAAUGUCGAUACCAGGACAACGAGCGGUGGCUGUUGCCAGCUUGAGUUCGAAUUCGGCGGAUGAUGAGGAACAGCGUGAAGCGCAGGGGUAUGUGCAUAAAUGCCAUUUGUGUAAUAAGUCAUUCAAGCGGAAAUCGUGGUUGCAACGGCAUUUGCUCUCGCAUUCGCCUGCAAGACACUUCUCUUGUCCCUGGUGUCUGAGUAAACAUAAACGCAAGGAUAACUUGCUGCAGCAUAUGAAAUUGAAACAUACUGAUUACGUACUGCAGGAACUGCGACUGAAUAACGUUUAUGUUAGCACGGAAGGCAGUUGUAAGAAUAACAUUAGGACGUUGUUGUAUGAGGGGAGACUUAAUAAGGAUGAGGUGAAGAAAGUUCUUAAUUCGUUAAUCGACAGGCAUAAUAAUAAUCAAUGA